AUGACCGAUAACCAGACACUGCCUAUUCGGAUUGCGACUUUCAAGAGAUGUGAACAGCUGCUUGAUUUCAUCAAUGCCGUUAGACUAUAUCGUCUGGGAAUCGACGACCUUCGCCACAUCGGUAUCCGCGCCACUCGAGUUGAACUCAAAGACAACCAAACUCUUUCAUUUGACCCCGUCUACUUCAAGCCCCUAGAGGUUGGAGUCCUUGCUAAGUAUCCCUUCUCUCCGUGCUGGCGAGAAUACGAUCUCGACGAGGGCUACAGUUACAAAUCUAUCCUCGCCCGAAUCCUCCACGUCACCCCAGAAGCCUCCAAUCCACAGAAACUGGCCCAGAAGAAGUACGAGGAGGUCCAGAAGCAUGAACGGCAAUACGGAAGUCACCGACUGCCUCCUUGGGCGGUGCGGGAUCUUGAGAACCAUAUUCACUCGCACCAACGCGGUUAUCGGUCUGGCAUUCCGGGCAUCGGUAGGAUGGGCACGCUGGAAGACCUGACGCCACUAUACCGCAACGAAAACGCAUUCGAGAACGUCCCAUUAUCUUCACGGCUGAUGGAGACUGAUGAGCCAGGGGCAACUAAUUGGCGGUUUUUGUACGCCCUUGAGGAGCCCUUCGGUACUCUGCCUCAUACAAUCGCUUUUUUCUGGAAUUUCGAAAGAGCAGAUGAUGAGACCCUGACGACGAGUGAGGUUCGUGGUGUUCUCAGAUGGACUGUCUGGAUGUAUCAUCGUUAUAUGUUCCGCAAUCAUUCCAUGUUCCCGUGCCUAUCCAUUUGGUAUCUCGGUCCGAAACAUGUGAGAAUUAUCCAAUCCCAUUUCGACGGGGAAACCAUCGUACUGCAAUAUUCUCCUCUCCUGAGCUUUGAGAACAGGAACACAGCACCAACAGAAUUGGUCGUCCGAUAUGCAGCCAGCAGACCACUUACCUAUGGAUAUUAUAUGCAGAUUAAGGGUACAAAGGGAACGGGCAGUAGCUUGGAAGUCAUUUCGGUGUCGACCUUGUCACUUAGUCCUUUCAUUAGCGAUGAGAUAGAGAGAAGGUGGUUUGUCGACCAAGCCCAAGAAUAUACACCAGGCAGCAACAUAUAA